UGAUCCAUUUGCAGACCUGCAGAGGCGGUCGCGAUGCUGUCGGACACUCUCGCAACGGCAACUGAAUGCGAGGACUCCGAGUUGCGGUGUCGCGUGACUGUGGAGGAGCUGAGCCCGGGCGGGCAGCCGCGAAGGCGCAAGGCCCUACGCACCGCGGAGCUGAGCCUGGGUCGCAACGAACGCCGCGAGUUGAUGCUGCGGCUGCAGACGCCUGGGCCGGCGGAGCGGCCUCGCUGCUUCCCCCUGCGCGCCACCCGCCUCUUCACACGCUUCGCCGCCUCCGGGCGCAGCACGCUGCGGGUCCCCGCCGACGGCGCUCCGGGCGUGGGCGCGGUGCAGUUGCUGCUCUCCGACUGCCCCCCAGACCGCCUGCGCCGCUUUCUUCGCACUCUGCGCCUCAAACUGGCCUCAGCCCCGGGUCCUGGGCCGCCCUCCGCCCGCACGCAGCUGCUAGGCCCGCGGUCCCGCGACUUCUUCACCAUCAGCCCCGUGCAGCCCGAGGAGCUGCGACGCGCAGCGGCCACCCGGUGCCCGGACACCACGCCGGUGAAGCGGCCCACAGAGUCCCAGGUGGGGGCAGAGCCCAACACCGAAGCCCCAAGGUGGCCCCUGCCUGUGAAGAGGCUGAGCUUGCCCCCCACCAAACCACAGCUUUCUGAGGAGCAGGCUGCGGUGCUGAGGGUCAUCCUGAAAGGCCAGAGCGUUUUCUUCACUGGGAGUGCAGGAACAGGGAAGUCUUAUCUGCUGAAGCGUAUCCUGGGCGCACUGCCUCCCGCAGGCACUGUGGCCACUGCCAGCACUGGGGUGGCGGCCUGCCACAUCGGGGGCACUACCCUCCAUGCCUUCGCAGGCAUUGGCUCAGGACAGGCUCCCCUGGCCCAGUGUGUGGCCCUGGCCCAGCGGCCGGGGGUGCGGCAGGGCUGGCUGAACUGCCAGCGGCUGGUCAUUGACGAGAUCUCCAUGGUGGAGGCGGACUUAUUUGACAAGCUGGAGGCCGUGGCCCGAGCAGUCCGGCAGCAGAAUAAGCCAUUUGGAGGAAUCCAGCUCAUCAUCUGUGGGGACUUCCUGCAGCUGCCACCUGUCACCAAGGGCUCCCAGCCCCCACAGUUCUGCUUCCAGGCUAAGAGCUGGAGGAGGUGUGUCCCAGUGACCCUGGAGCUGACCAAGGUGUGGAGGCAGGCAGACCAGACCUUCAUCUCUCUGCUGCAGGCCGUGAGGCUGGGCAGGUGCUCAGAUGAGGUGACCCGCCAGCUUCAGGCUACGGCCACCCACAAGGUGGGGCGAGAUGGGAUUGUGGCCACAAGGCUGUGUACCCACCAGGAUGAUGUGGCCCUUACCAAUGAGAGGCGGCUGCAGGAACUACCAGGUGAGGUGCACAGCUUCGAGGCCAUGGACAGUGACCCUGAGCAAGCCCGGACCCUGGAUGUCCAGUGUCCCGUUAACAAGCUUCUUCAGCUAAAGCUGGGGGCCCAGGUGAUGCUGGUGAAGAACUUAGCGGUGUCCCGGGGCCUGGUGAAUGGCGCCCGAGGGGUGGUAGUCGGGUUCGAGACUGAGGGGAGAGGGCUGCCCCAGGUACGGUUUCUGUGCGGAGUCACCGAGGUCAUCCGUGCUGACCGCUGGACAGUGCAGGCCACGGGGGGCCAGCUCCUCAGCCGGCAGCAGCUGCCCCUCCAGCUGGCCUGGGCAAUGUCCAUCCACAAGAGCCAGGGCAUGUCCCUGGAUUGUGUGGAGAUCUCUCUGAGCCGUGUGUUUGCCAGCGGCCAGGCCUACGUGGCCCUUUCUCGGGCCCGCAGCCUGCAGGGCCUGCGUGUGCUGGACUUUGACCCCACAGUGGUUCGCUGUGACCCCCGUGUGCUGCGCUUCUAUGCCACCCUGCAGCGGAGCAGUGGCCUUGGCCUGGGGUCCCCAAGUGAUGAUGAGGCAUCCUCAGACCAGGAGAAUGUGGACCCAAAUCUUGGAGCUGCAGAGAGAAGAGAAGGGUCAUCUGCCCCUCCUCCUGCCCCCUAG